GCAAAUAUUCGGAGAGCCGCACACGGACACAAACACGAUUAUCGAUUGCGACUAUUUCAAGAGUGCACACAGCAGUGACGCAUCAAGAUUGACGUGUGAUAUUUGUUUUCGCGUUCGGUAUAAGAUGUACAAUCAUUUCUUCGUUUUCGCGUUCGAUGUUUACCCAUCUUCGCAAACUGCGAAUAUGCUGCUUAUUGUUUCAACACGCGGAAAGUAGAGCAACGCGGUAAUAAGAGACUUUCGUGACGUCUUCGUGCACUUGACAUCGCGUGCAAUUUACGGAGACCACUAGAAAGCGCCAUUGCCGCGGACUAUAUAAUCACGAUAGAUUUUUCUCCGGUUCGAUAAUAUACGAGCGCGGGGCUCUAACACGAUCGAAGUUGAUUUUGAAGGACAGUGCACACGGAGAAUUGUGCACAUCGAGAAACAUUCGAAUAAUAUUUGAAUAUUCAUAUUUCCCGCUAAAAACCAAAAGAUGACAACUUGGCAAGCACCUGGUGCGGGGUUCUAUCCAGGGCAACAAGGUCCGUAUCCCCAGCAGAAUCCCGGAUAUCCGCCACCAGAAGGUUAUCCAUAUCCUCAAGGUCCUCCGGGAUAUCCUCCACCAUAUCCUGGUGCAAAUCCACCAGGUCCAGGAUUUAUACCUCCAGGUGCUCCACCAUACGGAGAAGCGCCACCACCAGUCAAUCCAGAAUACGGUGGAAUACCACCAACAGGUCAUCCAGGAAUGUACGGGACGGGUUACGGGGAAGAUCCUUUGCAGGAUGAGGUCAAAGGUUUCGAAUUCAACGAUAAAACUAUUAGGAAUGGCUUCAUUCGGAAAGUGUAUAGCAUCUUGAUGUGUCAGUUGGUUAUCACACUUGGAAUGAUUAGUUUGUUCCUCUAUCAUGAACCUACAAAAAAAUGGGUCAGAGGCCACACAGAAUUGUUCUGGGUUGCCUUCGCCGUAACUAUCGUUUUGCUUAUAUGCAUGACCUGCUGCACCAACGUCAGACGUAAAUCCCCGAUGAAUUUCAUAUUCUUGUUCAUAUUCACAUUCGCGGAGGCUUUCUUGCUAGCUACAGCUGCAUCGACUUACGACUCACAGGAAGUCAUGCUAGCUGUUGGAAUUACGGCAGCGGUCUGUCUAGGAUUGACCAUUUUUGCAUUUCAGACGAAGAUCGAUUUUACCGGACUUCACAGCUUUCUAUUUGUUGCUACACUUAUUUUACUUCUUUUCGGCCUGAUCGCAAUGUUCUGGCACGGCAAAAUUAUAACGCUGGUUUAUGCUGCGCUUGGUGCACUAGUGUUUUCUGUAUAUCUAAUUUAUGACACGCAAAUGAUGAUUGGCGGCAAGCACAAGUAUUCCAUCUCUCCAGAGGAAUACAUUUUUGCCGCGUUGAGUCUAUACUUAGAUGUUAUCAAUAUUUUCAUUUACAUCUUAACUAUUAUUGGCGCUUCGCGAGAUUAAUUUCUGUCAAUUCGAAUAUUUGACUUUUGUCCUAACGAAACAACCACUACAAAGUACACAGCCAGCUUUUACUUAUUGCCGUCCUGCUCUGACUCUCUGUAGAAUUGUCACACUGAGAGCGCAAUGUAGGCGAGCAAACAAUAAAAAGCAUUGGUAAUACUUCAAUUUUUACGAAGGAAUGUAACUUUUACAAAUUUUCAAACAUACUUAUGUACGCAAACACAAAC